AUAUUGCAGAAAUGUAUAUAAAGCCUUUAAACCCUAAACCCUAGCAGAGGAGAACCAAACGACACUGAAAAAAGGUCUGCUUCGAACCUCAAAACAACACAGCAGAGAGAGAAUCGAUUCAAGACCUGUCCGAUUUCAGACAGUUUCUGGGUUGCAAAUUAAUUUAGCUGAAAGUUUGUGUUGAGGUUCGAAUGGCGAUUGAUGGAAGUUCUCGUCUUGAAUUUGAGCUCAAGAGGUUUCUCUCUCGGUUUCCCAAGCUUGCUUCUGUCUCUCGACUCAAUUCGCUUUUAAAAGAGGGACACUCAUUGACAGAAGAAGAAAUGGUGAGUGCUUUAGCAGAGCUGUUUCUGCACCCAAAUUAUACAAUCCCAUUAAUGGGAUGUUUCCGUUGUAUCGCUCAGCAAAUUGUGGAGAGGGCCGUGGCAUUGCUUCACUUGGUACCUGAUUUAAGGUCCAAUUCUGAUGGAUCCAUAGUGGAAUUUGAUGCAGACAAAAUUUUCGGAGAUGAUGUGGCUGGUGUUAUUAAUUUUUAUGUUAGAAGUGGAAGGGCCUUAAUUCUUCACGAGCUUGCCUGUCUGGCCUUCUGCCGAGCCCUUGAUUUGGCACCUUUUCUAUUGGGGUCUGUGUUAAGCUAUUUUAAACUUGCUCCUUCUCCUUUUGAACGGAUUAUGCAGAGAAAAUAUGUUUCUGAGUUAUCAACAAUGGUGGGAACCCAGUAUUUAUUAAAUGUUAUCCGAGCAUCAUACCGCCUUCUUUUGGCUCAGUCUGAAGUUUUUGCCACACUCUGGGACUGGUCCUGUUUUUUGGAUGUUGUACAGCAUACUGCAGAUUUUGAUCCAGGUGAUAAUGCAGAGAUGUUGAGGAAUGUUUCAGACAUGAGAUGGUGUGGGAUACAGAUCCUGUCAAUAGUUCUCAAAAUAAGUGAUAGAGCAACUGCCAACUUUGGUCUUGGGCCUGAAGAGGCAUUUUCAUGUUUUUUGCGCUGGCAGGAAUUUUGUCAAGAUGUAUCAUUAGAAAAGGCUGGGUGGCAUCUUGAAGCAUUUGAUCAUGAAAAGUCUGAUACUGUGGACGGAAAUAUUGAUUUCAAUCAAGAAUAUAGUCUUCGUACUUUUGCUCCUGCUUCACCGGCUCUUUCCUUUUCAAAGUUUCAUGAGAUUGAGCCGUCAAAUAAGAAUAGAAGGUUGGCAACACGGAAUGUGACAUCCAUGCAAAAUCCUUUUGUUUUGACAUCUGCUAUGAAGAAAAGUUUUGAGAUAGUUCGGUUGGCAGUGAGCCAAAAGUGGCCUGUUCUUCUGUAUGGUCCUGCUGGCGUGGGGAAAACAAAACUAAUUAGCAAGUUAGCCAUGGAUAGUGGAAGUCAAGUUCUAUCCAUUCACAUGGAUGAACAAAUUGAUGGAAAAACAUUGAUAGGAAGUUAUGUGUGUACGGAGAAACCUGGUGAAUUUAGAUGGCAGCCUGGUUCUCUUACACAGGCUGUUCUCAAUGGAUUUUGGGUUGUCUUUGAGGAUAUUGAUAAAGCACCCUCUGAUGUACAAUCCAUCUUGUUACCUUUGUUGGAAGGUGCAAGUUCAUUUUUUACUGGUCAUGGGGAGGCAAUUAGGGUGGCAGAAGGUUUUCAAUUAUUUUCCACAAUAUCAAGCAUAAAUCUUAAUAUAUCUCAUGCUAUAGAAGGUCGGAACGCUCUUGGUGCUCUUUGGAGGAGAGUGAUGAUUGGACCCCCAAGUAAUGAUGACUUGAUAAGCAUAGUGAAAGCACAGUAUCCAGAUUUGGAGCAUCUUGCUGAAAAACUCAUCGAGACCUUUGAAAAAGUUAACCAGCUGGCAAGCUUUCAGUUUGGAACUUCUGCUUCUUUGAGUUCUCUCGGCAGAUUCUCCUUAAGGGAUCUGUUGAAAUGGUGCAAGAGAAUUGCUGCUUUGGGUUUUAGCUUUGGUGUGGAUGGGUUUUCAAGUUAUGUGUGUAGUAGCAUUUAUCAAGAGGCUGUAGAUAUUUUUGCAUCUUUCACAACCUCUGCCAAUAAUCGUCUGACUAUCAUGAAAUAUAUUGCGAAGACGUGGGCAGUGCCAAUUUCUGCUGCAGAGACUUUAUAUCCUGUUAAUAAACCUGUUAUCCAGGAAUUGCAUUCUGAUUUACUUAUUGGACGAAUUACCCUCCAUCGUGCUGAAAGCACAUUUCGAUAUGAAAGAAAACCCUUUGUUGAAAUUCGUAGUUCAAUACAUGUCCUUGAGAGGAUAGCUUGCUCUGUUAAGUUCAAUGAGCCUGUUCUUUUGGUUGGUGAAACUGGUACUGGGAAGACCACUCUUGUACAGAGUCUGGCCUUGAGACUUGGUCAGAAACUUACUGUUUUGAACUUAAGCCAGCAAAGUGAUGUUGCUGAUUUGCUAGGAGGAUUUAAACCUAUGAAUGCACAGUUUCUAUGCAUUCCUCUUUAUAUGGAGUUUGAGAAUCUUUUCACCACUACAUUUUCUUCAAAGGAUAAUGAGGAUUUUCUUGUUCGUUUGAAGAAAUUUGUGAACGACAAGAAUUGGAAGAAGUUAUUAAGUGGAUUUCGAAAGGGUGUCCAGAAGAUACUUGAAAUAGGAAGAUCUGGGUCUGGUACCAAGCGAAAGAGACCUUUAAGGGAAGAAUUACUGAAAGCUUGGGAGGAUUUUUCUUUGAAACUUGAAAGUGCUCGUGCGCAAAUCAAUGAUUCAUCCGGAAUGAUAUUUUCAUUUGUAGAGGGAGCUUUUGUAACUGCUCUUCGAAAUGGUGAGUGGAUUUUGCUUGAUGAGAUGAAUUUGGCUCCUCCAGAGACCUUACAGAGAGUUAUUGGCGUUCUUGAAGAAGAGAAUGGUUCACUUUGUUUAGCUGAAAGAGGGGAUGCUGAUUAUAUCUACAGACAUCCCAACUUCCGUAUAUUUGCUUGCAUGAAUCCUGCCACUGAUGCUGGGAAGAGAGAUUUGCCCUACUUGUUACGUAGUAGAUUUACUGAAUACUUUGUUGAUGAUGUGCUAGAUGAUGAAGAUUUAAUUCUGUUUAUAAAUCAGUUUGUGGAUGAUGGCCAUUCGAAUAUUGAGCUAGUAAAGAAAAUAGUCCAUUUUUAUAAAGCUGCUAAGAAGAAAUCUGAAGAAAGGCUGCAAGAUGGGGCCAAUCAGAAGCCCCAAUAUAGUUUAAGAUCUCUUUACCGUGCGCUAGAGUACACAAAGAAAGCGAGAAGACAUUUUGGAUUUCAGAAGGCCCUUUAUGAUGGAUUUUGUAUGUUUUUCUUGACUUUAUUAGAUGAACCUAGUGCUAAGUUAAUGAACCAAAUGAUAUCAUCAUAUUUGUUAGGGGGAAAUAUACCGCCACCUGUCUCUUUUGAUGGUUACCUGAUGAAAAGAGGAAACGCAACAUUGGAUAAUUUAUUGGAGAACUAUGUUCUGACUAAAAGCGUUAAGGAGCACCUCAGGAACUUGGCACGAGCUAUAUUUGUUGGAAGAUAUCCUGUUCUUCUACAAGGGCCUACGUCUAGCGGGAAGACUAGCCUUGUUCAGUAUCUUGCUGCAAUAACUGGUCAUGAAUUUGUGCGGAUCAAUAAUCAUGAACACACAGAUCUGCAGGAAUAUCUAGGUUCUUACAUCACUGAUGCUAGUGGGAGGCUCGCAUUCCAUGAAGGUGUGUUGGUUAAGGCUGUUAGGAAUGGACAUUGGAUAGUUCUGGACGAGCUUAACCUGGCUCCAUCUGAUGUGCUGGAAGCAUUGAACCGGUUGCUAGACGACAAUAGGGAACUAUUUGUACCUGAAUUACAGGAAACUGUUCGUGCUCAUCCUGAUUUUAUGCUGUUUGCUACUCAAAAUCCACCUACUUUUUAUGGUGGGCGUAAAAUGCUUUCUCGAGCAUUUCGCAACCGUUUUGUGGAGAUCCAUGUUGAUGAAAUUCCUGAAGCAGAGUUAAGUGAAAUAUUGGAGAAGAGGUGCAAAAUUCCUGCAAGCUAUGCCAGGAAAAUGGUUGAAAAAGUCAUGAAGGAGUUGCAGUUGCAGAGGCAGAGUAGUAAAGUUUUUUCUGGGAAACAUGGAUUUAUUACCCCACGUGACUUGUUUCGGUGGGCUGAUCGUUUCAGGACAUUUGGGAAAACCUAUGAAGAUUUAGCCAGAGACGGUUAUUUUUUGUUGGCAGAGAGGCUGAGAGAUGAUUGUGAGAAAACUGUGGUUCAAGAAGUUCUGCAGAGACAGCUCGGAGUUAAACUUGACAGGGAUGACUUGUACAAGCAGGAUCCAGCAGAAAGGGAAAAGUUUUUGAACCUAUGUGAAUCUUCAGGAGUUUCCCAGUAUCUUGGAAAAAUUGCGUGGACUGAAAGUAUGUGGAGGUUGUACUUUCUUAUAGAGCGUUGUUACAAGAUGCGUGAGCCUGUCCUCCUCAUUGGUGAAACUGGUUGUGGGAAGACAACUGUUUGCCAGUUACUUAGCAUCGUGUUAGGCUCCAAAUUACACAUUUUGAAUUGCCAUCAGUACACAGAAACAUCUGAUUUCCUUGGGGGGUUUUAUCCUGUACGAGAGAGAUCAAGACUUGCUUCGGAGUUCAAAAAUCUAUGUGAACAAUUAAUGCUGUCGAAGGCUUUUGUUCACUUCCCUGGUUCUGCUAAAAUAUCUACAGAUAUUGGUCAAGCCACUUCAACUAUUGAUCAGCUAGGUGUAAUUAUAAAUAGUUAUAGACAGGGUCUGGUCUCUCAUCCUGAUGCUACUCCACAAGAUCUUGAUUCACUUGAACAACUGAAUCUGGACCUAGCUCAGCUACAGCAGAAGUGGCAGACCAUUUUUAUGUGGCAAGAUGGACCGCUUGUUGAAGCAAUGAGGAACGGCGAUCUCUUUCUUGUGGAUGAAAUUUCUUUGGCAGAUGACAGUGUACUCGAAAGAUUAAACAGCGUCUUGGAGCCGGAAAGGAAACUGUCUUUGGCUGAGAAAGGAGGUUCUGAUCUUGAGAAAAUAACUGCUCAUCCGAACUUUUUCCUUCUUGCAACAAUGAAUCCUGGUGGUGAUUUUGGUAAGAAGGAACUAUCUCCUGCCCUUCGCAAUCGGUUUACUGAGAUAUGGGUUCCUCCUGUCAACAACGUAAAUGAGCUCAGAACUAUAGCUCUACGGAGAAUUUCGAACCCAGACCUAUCAUGCGUUGUAGAUCCUAUGCUGAAUUUCUGGGAGUGGUUCAAUCAGUUACAAACAGGGAGAAUGCUUACUGUCAGAGAUCUUUUGUCCUGGAUAGCUUUUAUCAAUGCAACUGAGGGAAAUUUACAACCCGCAGAUGCAUUCUUACAAGGGGCUUUCCUUGUUUUGCUUGAUGGACUAAGUUUAGGUACGGGUAUUUUGAAAAGUGAUGCCGGAGAGUUGAGGGAGAGAUGCUUGUCCUUUCUUCUGGAACAACUAAAGGUGUUGUUGCUUGUUUUCACGAACUGUGGUUUCACUGUUUAUCUUGAUCACCACAUUAUGAAAAUGAUGGCCAAUUCUACUUCGGGUAACUCAAACCUUCUCAUAAUGGAAAACUCUGGUUGGGGUGAUGUCGGAAUUUCUACAGAUAUUUCAUGCGGUUAUAACAUGCAAUGUGACAAUCUCUUUGGAAUCCAUCCUUUCUACAUUGCAAAAGGUGAUGAUCCUUUUGAGAUUGAGCAGUUUGAGUUUUUGGCGCCAACCACUCGCAAAAAUGCCUUGCGGGUUCUGCGGGCUUUGCAGCUUCCAAAGCCUGUUUUGUUGGAGGGAAGUCCAGGCGUUGGAAAAACAAGUUUAAUUGUAGCCCUUGGCAAAUUUUCUGGGCAUACGGUUGUACGGAUAAACUUAUCUGAGCAGACUGACAUAAUGGAUUUAUUGGGCUCAGACUUACCAGUUGAGAGUGACGAAGGAAUACAGUUUGCAUGGCAUGAUGGAAUCCUUCUGCAGGCUCUAAAGAAGGGAUCUUGGGUUCUGCUGGAUGAACUUAAUCUUGCUCCACAGUCUGUUUUAGAGGGUUUAAAUGCAAUCUUAGACCAUCGAGCUGAGGUUUUCAUCCCGGAGUUGGGUGUUACUUUUAAGUGCCCAUCAUCAUUCAGAGUUUUUGCAUGUCAGAAUCCUUCUUAUCAGGGUGGAGGCCGUAAAGGGCUUCCAAAGUCCUUCCUUAACCGUUUUACGAAGGUUUAUGUGGACGAGUUGACCGAGGAUGACUAUCUUUUCAUCUGUAGUUCACUCUAUUCCUCAAUUCCAAAGCCCUUGCUUUCCAAGUUAAUUUUAUUUAAUAAGCGACUACAUGAGGACAUUAUGUUAUAUCAUAAAUUCGCUCAAGUGGGUUCCCCUUGGGAGUUUAACCUACGAGAUGUGAUUCGUUCUUGCCAAAUUAUACAAGGUGCACCUGAAAGAUCAAAAAUUGACUGUUUCCUCAACACUAUAUAUGUUCAAAGAAUGCGUACAGCAGCUGACCGUAGAAAAGUUGUCCAACUUUAUGAGGAAGUAUUUGGACAAGUGCCAUUUUUGACUCCCUACCCACGAGUGCAACUCAAUCCUCAGUAUUUGGUUGUUGGCAACACUCACAUCAGAAGGAAUCAUUUUCAGUCAUCUAAAAACAGUGAGCUUAAAAUUUUGCCUGGAAUACGGCAUAGCUUGGAGGCUGCUGCACUUUGUGUACAGAAUGAAUGGUUGUGCAUAUUGGUUGGUCCUUCAUCUUCUGGCAAGACUUCAUUGAUAAGGUUGCUUGCCCAGCUUACUGGCAAUGUACUAAAUGAGAUAAAUCUUUCGUCUGCAUCGGACAUAUCUGAGUUACUUGGAUGCUUUGAGCAAUAUAAUGCCUUCCGCCAUUAUCAAUUUGCUGUUACUCGAAUUGAGUGUUAUGUGAAUGAGUACUGCAGCUUGCAACUGGAAUCUUCAGUGAAGGAAUUCAUAGAGAGAAGAAAAGACGUAAUUACCUGUUGGCUUGCCUUCCUAUCAAGCAUUGGUAGAGGUCCCAUGACUACUACUUCUUCCUCAUACACUGAUAAUUGUAAGUCAAGGACCUUUGGUUCUAUUCAUUUGUUAGUUGAGAUAAUUGAGCAUCUAGAGUUGGACAUGGAGUCAAACAGAUUGCCCGUAUCAUGGUCAUGCAAGGAUCUGGAUAGAAUUCUGAAAAUUAUAAAGUUGCACGAGGAACACAGCCAAAGGCUAUAUUCAGCAAAAUUUGAAUGGGUAACCGGAGUACUGGUAAAGGCUGUUGAAAAUGGUGAAUGGAUUGUUUUAGAGAAUGCAAAUCUUUGCAAUCCCACGGUUCUUGAUAGGAUCAACUCUUUGGUUGAGCCGCGUGGAUCAAUCACAAUUAAUGAGUGUGGAAGUGUAGAUGGCAAGCCAUUGGUUCUUCAUCCCCAUCCCCAAUUUCGGAUGUUUCUCACAGUUGACCCUAGCUAUGGUGAAGUGUCCCGGGCAAUGCGAAAUAGAGGGGUUGAAAUAUAUAUGAUGCAGCCAUGGCUGCUUGAUGGUGGAGGUGGUGACAGUUGUGUUGAGAGUGAACUUAAAGAUGUGAAAAGAUUUCUCAUUCUCUCAGGUAUUCCUAUGGGUAUGAUGGUUGAUUCGAUGGCCAAAGCCCACAUCUAUGCUAGAGUUGAAGGAUUGCGCCUUGAUAUUAAGAUUACAUAUCUUGAGCUUGCGCGUUGGGUGCAGUUAUUCCAGCGGCUUCUCACCAAUGGGAAUUGGCCUGAAUGUAGCCUCCAAAUAAGUUGGGAACAUACAUAUCUUUCAUCUCUCGGUGAGGCUGAAGGAAAAGAUAUUGUUAGUCAUGCGAUAAUUUCUUAUCUAUCAAUGGAUGAACUCUACAAAUUUGAGUCGUCUCCAGGACGUUCAUUGUGUCUACCGGGAGGAUGGCCAACUCCGUUGAAACUAAGAGAUUAUGUAUGUUACUCAAAAGAAGCUUCUGUCAAACAAAAUUGCUUGUAUCUGGAGUUUUUGGGGUCUCAGAAUGCAUCUCAUAUAUUUCAUUCUGCUUGGGAUCGGAGCCCAGUGGAACAAGCUCUAAGUGUGAUUGGAUCUAUGGGGCCUUACUUGAUGGAUAUGAAGAUAUUGCAUGUUAUGAUGUUUCCAAACUUUGCACAUGAGUUUACUUCUAAGUAUGGUGGGCAGAUAGAAAUUGAUUCGGCACUUGCUGGAAAAAAGCUUUUGUUUGCUGCCAACUGGACAAUUGAACAGGCCACUGAAAAUGAUUUAGAGUUAUACCUUCUCUGGUUUAGUUGGUUUGCUUCUCAGGUACAGCCUUUUUGCAAGUUCUUUAGUUCUUUUCUGAAUCUACUUAAACAGGAGCUCAAGCAUCGUAUCUGGAAUUGUAUUGUGCGUUGCCGCCAUGAGCUUCUGUCUCAUAAUCAAGUAAAUUUAGACUCCAGGCCAAUACCAAUGCUUUCCACGGAAGUAGUUGAUUUAUUUGCAUCAAAUGACAUGUCAAAAUCCUCCAGUGAACUUCUCUGUAAAGCGAUUAACUGUGCAGGCCUAUUAAGGGCUAGCUUUCAACAAUGGAAUGCUGAGAGUGAACAUGACUACUGUGACGAAAAUCAGUGUUUUAUAUCUGUUUUGGAAUCUCUAAGAAGGGUGGAAGAGAAAGUGCUUGAUAUACUGGUUGAGUCGCCUUCUUUCGAUUUGCUUUUUCAAAUAUACACAGACCUCCUUGAAGAUCACAUAUCAUUUUGGAAUGGCAUCACCUUGUCACAGUUUGAGAUGUCUUUAAUUUCUUGGCGUUCUUUGACAAAGAAUGCAUCAAAAUUGCAGAAAUUCUGUCCAAAAGAAGUUGCAGGUUUACAGGUGGAAGGCAAGAAUUUGGGUAGUGUUUCAUCUUGGUGUCUCCAUUCACAAAAGUCCUUGCUAUGGGUUCAUGGAGGCCAUCCAUUUUUGCCUUCUUCUGCUGAUUUAUAUCAGAAGCAGCGACAGAUUUUAAACCUUUGUGAAUUGCUUUGGCCGAGAAACACAAAAUCGUUGAGGCAAGUAGCUGUGAAUGGUUCUAUUAUUGAGGCUGCUGUAUCAUCAAAUACUGAACUUCGCUCCCUUGCAAUGCAAGGUGUUUGCAUGUCAUCAUAUAUUAUGGGCAAAGUUCAUGACGACGAGCUCCAUGUUGUUCAGCAGUUGGAGGAGAUUUAUCAGAUGCUUUUGAGAAGGUUUGAACAUGAAAAGCAAAAGUUGGAAGCUGUUAUACAGACCACUAAGCAUCCAUUUCCACUCACAAAUUCAGCUGCUUGCUGCAUUUUCUCCACUGAUGUAUUGUGUAGAAGGUCUGGCUUUGAUAGUUGGCAGGGCACUAUUCCUAUAAUUGACAACACAAGUGUUUUCUUGGAUAUGGAGCUACUUCAAGAGCUAUCACAGAUUGUUUUGGUUGAUGCAGAAGAAUUGCAACUGGUAUGGUUGACGGUUUGCCAAAGGUCCAUGGCACCCAAGAAGCUUGGCAUUGACACCAUCUCAGUUCCUCCAGCUACGGCUCCGACGACACCAACUGUUCCAGCUCCUGUAUCAUCCACGCCAGCUGUUUCUCUGGCCACCGCGCCAGCUGUUGCUCCUCCAGUGCCGGCUUCUUCUCCUCCGGCUGUGGCUGUUCCAUCGCCAGCUCCGAGCAAGAAGAAGACUAAGAAGAAGCCCAAUAGGAGCCGUUGCUAUAUGUUUUUCCUUCAUCAUCAAGCUCGAGACGCGGCAGCUGCCUUAAGAACGGGUUCAUGUCAUCCAUUUCUCUCUGAUAAUCUAUUGGUCUUAAAUCAGAGUCACAAUAAUCAGGUCCCAAGUCUCUCUCUUCUUUUUUCCAACAUAAUCAUCUCUCCCAGAGCAUCAUACACACAAACCCAUGAGACAAUUAAUGUUGGAACAGACAUUGCUGCUAAAGCAAUUGCCCCACAUGGGCAUGUCCCUCCGCCAUAUGCUGCUAAAGCAAUUUGCCUAAUCUGUAUACUUCUCAAUUCCCUGGUGCAUUGUGCAUUUUGGUGUGAUGCAACAUUUAUCUGUGUGCUAGGUGUUUGCAUGUCAUCAUAUAUUAUGGGCAAAGUUCAUGACGACGAGCUCCAUGUUGUUCAGCAGUUGGAGGAGAUUUAUCAGAUGCUUUUGAGAAGGUUUGAACAUGAAAAGCAAAAGUUGGAAGCUGUUAUACAGACCACUAAGCAUUCAUUUCCACUCACAAAUUCAGCUGCUUGCUGCAUUUUCUCCACUGAUGUAUUGUGUAGAAGGUCUGGCUUUGAUAGUUGGCAGGGCACUAUUCCUAUAAUUGACAACACAAGUGUUUUCUUGGAUAUGGAGCUACUUCAAGAGCUAUCACAGAUUGUUUUGGUUGAUGCAGAAGAAUUGCAACUGGAUUUGUCCAAUUUGUCCGUCCUUUUGGAACCAACCUUGAAUUUUUCAUUGAGCUUCUCAUCAAGACCUCCGACUGACUUUUUACCUCAUCAAAAAAUUUUAUGGACACUGGAUGCAUGGACAUCAGUUAGUGCAGGAAAUGCAAAAAUUGCUAGUUUUUUGCUUGAGAUGUGGUUUAGUUGGCACUCUUCUUUGUGGAUCAUUCAGCCUGUUUUGCUCAAGAACUUUUCAAGGAUGGAUGAUUUUGAAAUGAAACUACCUCAUAUGUUUUUCCAGCCUGUGAGAAUGGCAACUGUUGACCACAUUUUGCAAAGUACAUCUGCUAUCAAGGAUUAUCCCAUGCACUGCUUAAAAAUUAGAGUUGCUUCAUGUAAUUUGUGGCAAAGUUGUCCACCUGUUACAAAUGUACUAGCUUUUCUUUUAUCUGUGGCUCGGUCUCUCUUCCAACAGAUUAUAUAUGCUCACAGAAAAUCAUUUGAAGCUGAUAAGUAUGCUGUGAUUAAGUCUCUUCUUGGUUCCUUUCAGAAAAAUAUGAUAACGGUAGACGACAUAAAUGAUGUGCUUUCCAUGCUUGCAUCAUCAAACCACCUUGGAUUAGCUUCCUUGGUGAAUUCCUUCAUUAAGCCAGUGCUUGGGGAACUGUAUCUUCAAUGCUCGUCUACUGACCUGGUAUAUAAUCUAGGGUGUGCAUGGUUAAGAUUGGGAGGCUUACGUUAUCAUCUCUUGAUUACCUUUGAUGAUCUGGAUCCUGCCAUGAAAUACUCUUGCAAGCACUUGAGGUUGGUCGAAAAGAUUGGGUUGCUUGAACUUGAAAAUGAGGUACGGAAAGAGAGUGCCUAUUUAGCUGGAUGGGUUUCAUGGGGUGAGGCUGACAAACAAAGAACAAUGGCAUUGGAAAACCUCAAAGCUGAUUGUAAAAGUCUUAAACGAAAGAUUGUGUUCCGCUCUGAUCCUAGGAAAUUUGUAAAGUUAAAAUAUGAAUGUGAGGAGUUUCUUAAAAUGGUUGUAACUUCUGUUGGUCUGAUCAAAGAUGUUGAUAGCAUGGACAAACAACAGAUUAGUGACCAAGUGUGCAAUUGGCAAGAAACAGCAACCCGUUUCAUUGAUCGGCUAUCAAAUGAAUAUUCUGCAUACGUCGAUAUAAUUCAACCAGUUCAAGUUGCAAUAUAUUCGUUGAAACUAGGUUUAUCGUUGGUUCUAUCAAGUGCCAUUCAGAAUUUAUCGUUGGUUCUAUCGUUGCUAAAUUUGAAAACUACCUGGCAGGAGACAAUUUAUUCAUUUAUGAGAUUUCCUAGAGGCUUUGCAUCUGAUGCUGUUUCUGUCAGGAUCGACUGUGGGUUGGCCAAGUUUCCUUCAUGUGAUAUAGAUUUCCUUAUGGACACAAAGGCAAUGGAUAUGAAUUUGCUGGAAAGUUUGGUUACUUCGACAAGAGAUGUCAAUUCUGAUAAGAUGGUCUCAGACUUGCAACUGAAAGCUUCCAUACACCACAACAUUCUUCUCCGUGUAGUGCAUUCUAUUGCUGAGGCCCAAUUAAUGGAUAAUGCAUCUUUUGUUCUCUUGGAUAAGACAUUUGAUGAGUUUGCUAGCCUUUGGAUGAAUAUGAAAGUUGAAGUAAAGACCAAAGAAGAUCAUGAAGCUCGACAAUUCAAGUUCAAGCCUCGUGCAUUUAAGAUAGAGAACAUAAUGGAAAUUGACAUAUCAACUCUUGGUGGUUCAUUAGAAAAUGAGAUACUUUCAGAAUGGCAGGAAUUGCUUUCUGAUGAAAAAGUUGCUGAAAAGAAAGCUGAAGAGGAAGAUGAUACUCUGGAGGAGGAAUGGAACUUAAUGAAGGGCUCCAUCUUGAACAAUAUGGUGCACAUUCACAAUCAACUAUUUGGGUCCAUGGAUCUUGUUGAAACACAGCCUGGAAUUCUAAAGGUCUCUGAAGCAGAUCGGUUGUCAUCCUUCAUAGACUCCUACGGACUGGGAAUAAGAAUGAUUAAUGGUUUAGAGGGAUUACUAUUGUCCAGUUUGGAUGCUAAACUUGCUCCUGAACACUUGUUCCGCCUUUGUUUGGAGCAUGAACAGAAAUUAAAUUCAUCUCAUAAAUCAGCUCAUGCAUAUAAUUUUUACAAGGAUUCAAAUGCUCCUGUGAUGGUUAAGAUGGUGGAGCUGGUCACAAUUCUUCAACAGAGAAUUGUAUUUCUUUUGAAUGAAUGGGAUGAUCAUCCUGCUCUUCAGAAAAUCGUGGAUGUGAUAGAAAUGAUUUUAGCUAUUCCUCUAAGCACCCCGCUGGCUAAGGCUCUUUCAGGUUUGCAGUUCCUGCUUAAUAGGGUGCGGGUGCUACAAGAAACUGUUUCAAAAUUCCCGCUCUCUGCUGAACUGGAUCCGAUUUUUAACCUGGUAUCCUCAUGGCAAAAGUUGGAAUUUGAGUCUUGGCCUGCCUUGCUUGAUGAUGUUCAAAUUCAAUUUGAGAUUAAUGCUGCGAAGUUAUGGUUUCCUUUGUAUUCAGUUCUACAGCGUAGACAUUCUGCUGAUAUUGCUGAAUAUAAUAGAUGUACUAUCCAAAGUUUGGAGGAGUUCAUUCAAACAUCCACUGUUGGUGAAUUUAGAAAACGUCUUCAACUUCUUUUUGCUUUCCAUGGCCAAAUCAGCACUGGUAUAUACUGGGGGUCUUACUUAAGUACUUGCCAUACGGAAAGUGUGAGGAUUUUAUACAAUAUAUUUGGCUUCUAUGUGCAAUAUUUGCCAACAAUUUUGGAACAUAUAGAAGAUAAGAGAAGAAGUAUCGAGAAGGAAUUGAAAGAACUUUUGAAGCUAUGCCGGUGGGAGCUACCUGAGAGUUAUGUUUCCAUAGAAAGUUCAAAAAGGACCAGGCAGAAACUUAGGAAGCUCAUACAAAAAUACACUGAUUUACUGGAACAACCCAUAAUGCUUAUUAUCAAUAAAGAUGCUCCACAAAAAGGGAUAAAAGCGCAAUCUGUGCCACAAGGUCCAAAACUUCACACUGAUUCUUUUGACAAGAAUAGGGUGAUGCUGAAUGUUGCAUGUGAUCAGAUUCUAUCCAGAGAUAAGGACAGGUCCACAUGGUUUAUAGAUUGGAGGAAGAAAGUAGAUUAUGCUUUGCAGAACUUGCACCUUGAGAGGACACCUGAGUCUACAUGCAUUGCAUACCAGGAAGAAAGCAAGCAAGUGUGGUGUACCAUUGAGAAUAUUAGCAGAACUGCAAUUGAUUGUUCUGACCUUUGGAAGGAAGAAAACAAGAGUUUGGGAAAGAGGAGGGCUUUGGCUGACCUUCUGAAGCUUUUAGAAAAUUGUGGCUUGUCUAAGCACAGGUCUACAAAUUUUGAGGAUCAAUUCCAAUCCAACCAAUCAAAUUGGUGGAUUCUUAAGUCUUCAUAUGAUAGGAAGCAUUUACUGAUGAAACAAGGUGGUCCGUCUUCCAAGGAUUUGUUUGCUGCUCUGUGCCAGCAGCAUCUGGGUUUGCCCCUUGAAAGUUUGGACAGGGAAUGGGAAACAGCAAACCAAUACUACUUUCGGAGCAUGGCAUCGGUCCACCUUCUGCAGCAGAUUUGCCUGAACUUCCAUAAAGACUUUACUCUUGAACAGGUUAACAGAUCAGGUUCUUUCCUUGACCAUCUUAUGGUAAUACAACAAGAUCAACGGGCUGCUGCAUACAGUUUUGCGGAGCAUCUUGGGUGCUUAAGGAAAUGUGUCUCACUUUUUGAAAAUUUAUUGUCUGGCUCCCUUGCUUCUGAUACUGUAAGUAGUAGCGAGUUCUCUUUUGCCCAGAACCAGCAUGCCACGUUUAAUUGCAUGUGGCAACAAAAGCAACUAUUAGAUAGUUUGUGUUCUACGUUGCUUGAAGAAUGUUUGCUGCUAAAAGCAGUUGAAAGUAAUCAUCUGAACAAUUGUCAAAGUGUCAAAGCUGCAGCAAAUAGGGUUCGCGUUUUCCUUGAGAAAUUUAUUCCCGACUUUCAGAAAUCUAAGGAUUUACUGGAUUGUUACCUCAUUGGCCUUGAUAGAGUUGUAACCUCACUGGCAAUAUCUUUGCAUCCUUGUGUUGUUUCGAAACAAAUGGAACAGUUAGUCUUUCAGAAUUUUCGUAUGAUAAAGGAGUUUGAGGAGAACCUUGGUGCUUUCCUACGGCAAGAUGAGGAUAGAAGAUCAGUUAAAAUGGUUCUGCUUGGCCGUUUUGAAGAUAUAUUGAAGAAGGUUAACUUGAUAGCAGAGGGUUAUAAUUGUGCUGUGCAAUCAAACAACGAGGAUGAAGUCACCAGUUUUCCCACAGAAAAAACUUUUGAACUUGAAACUGAGUUUAGUGAAGCCCUCAAAGAAACGUAUAAGCAUAUUGUGGAUGCAUUGCAUAAGAUAGUUUGUUGGAAUAGCAGUGACACUGCUGUCGAGUCACUUGGUAAUAUUACUAUGUGGAAGAUUCAAUUUGAAUCACAUGUAGCAGAUCUACAUUUAGACGUCAUAUGUGAUGCAGUAGUCCAGGCAAUUAUUUGUGCAGGGAAGAUCGUGAACCAUUGUGGUAAAGGAAACCCUCAUCUCUGUGUUCAAGUUGAAGCACAUUUAAAGCAUCUUUAUUCAUUGUUGGACUUAAUGUUGACCUUCAGCAAUAGUCUUCUGCAUGAUUUUCUAGUCGUUCAUAGAAUGGUCUCUGCAGUAACUCAUGUGCUUGCGAACAUUUUUGCUUCAUUAUAUUCCAAAGGAUUUGGGAUCUGUAAUGAAGAAGAGGAAUCUAAGGAUGAUAAAACUGAAGAUGCAAAAGGAACGGGUAUGGGUGAGGGUGCAGGGCUGAAUGAUGUUAGUGAUCAGAUAGAUGACGAAGCUCAGCUCCUUGGGACUUCUGAAAAGCCGAAUGAUGAACAAGAUGACUUAAAUGAAGUUCCAGGCAAAGAUGCUAAAGGUAUAGAGAUGGAACAGGAUUUUGCUGCUGAUACAUUCAGUGUUAGCGAGGAAUCUGGAGAUGAUAACAAUGAAGAUGAUGAGGAUGGGCAGCUGGAGUCUGCAAUGGGGGAAACUGGCGAUGAUGGUGAAAUCAUUGAUGAGAAACUUUGGGAUAAGGAUGAUGAAGAAAACCCUAAUAAUGCAAAAGAGAAAUAUGAAUCUGGUCCAUCAGUUAGAGACACAGAUUCUAGUGGUAGAGAGCUUAGAGCAAAGGAAGAUUCUGAUUCUGCCACUCCUGCUGAUGAAGCUGGAGAGCUUAAUCCCAAUGAACUCGACAAGCAAGAAGCUGAGAAUGAAAAUCAAGAUGAUCUUGACAAUUCUGAGAAUGUGGAAGAUAUGAACAUGGACAAAGAAGAAGCUUUUGCAGAUCAAAUGGGGUUGAAGGUUGAUGAGCCUAAUCAAGGAUCUGAAGAUAUGGAGAUGGAUGAACAGGAAGGCGCAGAUACCAUGGAAGAUGAUGGCCCAGAAGAGCUUGAUGAGUCUGAUGAAAAUAAGAAUGGUGAGGAAGAGAAGCACGAGUCACUGGAUGAAGGUCUGGAAGAGGCAGAAACUGAACAACCUGGUGGAAAUGCUGAAGGGGAUGAUGUGGGGAAUACUAAAGAAGAGGCUACAGCGAUGGACUUGGCGAUGGCAAAAAAAGAUGUGUUCGAACCAUCUACUUCUGACCUUUCUAUUGACCAUGUGCCACCAAAUGCUGAAUCUGCUACACAGCCAAAGGGUGACUCACUUGCAGCAGAUUUAAGAGAUGUUGCAUCCAAAUCCGAAGAAGCAAAGUGGUCUAAUACAAGUGACAGUCAGAAUGACCUUGCUCCUAUGAGAGGCCUACAAAAUGCAUCCGAGAUUGAAAUCAAAGUAAAUGACUCUUCACAGAGUGGGAAAAUAAGUGAUGAUCAACCACAAAGUCAGUUGCCUCAAUAUGAUCCUUCAUCAUCUCAGAAAACCCAACCAAACCCUUGUCGUAAUGUUGGUGAUGCCCUUGAGGAAUGGAAAGAAAGAGUCAAAGUGACUGUUGAUCUUCAGGAAAACAACAAAGAAUCUCUAGAUGAUAUGCUAGAUGAGGAUGCAGAUGAGUAUGGAUAUGCUGCGGAGUUUGAUAAGGGAACAGCUCAGGCAUUGGGAUCUGCAACAUCUGAACAGAUGGACAAGAACAUCAAUGGUGACAAGCCUGAUGAAGACGGCAAAACCAUGGGUAGAGAAGACCUUACUGAGAUGGAAGUUGAAAAGCAGGAUUCUGAAACGCGCCCUAUUAGAACUUUGGUCACGAAUCGUACAGAAAAGAUUGAGGGGCAGGUGGAGAUCCAUGACUCAGAGGAGCCACCGGAGGAAUCCCAAGAAAUUCACGGCCAUGACAAGAGUGAUCAUUCCCUAUCAGGCAGCUUGGUGUCCUUGAAGAGAUCAUACAUGGCUGAGGACAUAGACCAACUUGAUAAACUUUCCCUGCACGACAAGGAGCUAGGGAAAUCUCACAAUCUUGAGGCAAUACCUAAUGAUGUGAGAGAUAAUGCCACUGUUCUCUGGAGAAGCUACGAACUGCGCACAACCAGGUUGUCUCAAGAGUUGGCUGAACAGUUGCGUCUGGUCAUGGAACCCACUCUAGCUAGCAAGCUCCAAGGGGAUUACAAGACUGGAAAAAGGAUUAACAUGAAGAAGGUGAUUCCGUACAUUGCAAGCCAUUAUCGGAAAGAUAAGAUAUGGCUAAGGCGUACCCGGCCCAACAAACGUGAUUACCAAGUUGUCAUUGCUGUGGAUGAUUCCCGCAGCAUGUCAGAGUUUCAUUGUGGAGAUGUUGCUGUUGAAGCUUUGGUGACGGUAUGCCGUGCCAUGUCUCAAUUGGAAGUGGGAAAUGUGGCUGUUGCACGCUUUGGAACGAAGGGAAACAUUAGGUUACUCCAUGAGUUUGAUCGGCCUUUCACUGGAGAGGUUGGGGUCAAGAUGGUCUCAAGCUUGACUUUUAAGCAAGAAAAUACCAUCGCGGAUGAACCCAUGGUUGAUCUCUUGAAGUACGUGAACAAUAUGCUGGAUGUUGCAGUGGCAAAUGCACGACUCCCUUCCGGACAGAAUCCUCUACAACAGCUUGUUUUGAUCAUCUCUGAUGGUCGGUUCCAUGAAAAGGAAAAUUUGAAGCGCUGUGUUAGGGAUGUCUUGACUAGAAAGCGUAUGGUAGCAUUUCUGCUUCUGGAUAGCCCUCAGGAGUCCAUAAUGGACCUCGUGGAAGCAUCAUUUGAGGGUGGUAAUAUAAAAUCUUUGAAGUAUCUAGACUCAUUCCCGUUCCCAUUCUACAUUGUCCUGAGGGACAUCGAAGCACUUCCUAGAACCCUUGCUGAUUUAUUGAGACAAUGGUUUGAGCUAAUGCAAUCUUCUAGAGACUAAUUGCAUGACAGAGCUCUAGUCGACUUGGUUGAUUUUUCCGCGCAGAGUGAAAUACAAUGUGUGUGUGUGUGUGUGAGAGAGAGAGAGAGAGAGAGAGAGAGAGAGAGAUGAGAUUACAGACAAAUAGCAGAGCGGGGAGAAUAAGAUCAUUGUAUAGCUGUUUCUGAAUUUUGUACAUAUUACAGUUAUUAUCAAUAUAAAUAGGCUAUGUGCCACAUUUUUGGUGAA